AUGCUUCGUGUUGGUCGUGCCUGGUGCCUGGACCCAUUGAUCGACCGAUGUCCAUUCGUGCCACAGCCGCCCAUCCUCGCUCACCCUCAAUCACCCUCCUGGCGGAGGGGAGCCAUUUUUGGCUCCUCUGUUGACCGUUCUGCUUCCCCGAGUUUCCAUAAAUAUCGACCACCAUGGCCCCCGACCGACCGUCCUCCCUCGCUCUCCAGCAACUCCUCCAGCCCCAGGCCUGGGUUUCCAACGGGUGACUUGCUCCCACAUCGACCAUUCCCUCGUGCUUCGACUCGUCUUCGCCCUUCCUGCCCCCUCUUCGAUCGCAUACUGCGUUCCGCUGCCAUACCUUGUCCUCCGUGUCCUGUUCUGUCCGACGAUAAGAGCGACACUAACUCAGGCCUGCUCGAGAUCUUCUCGAACAACGCCUCCGACUCUAAUUCCUCUACUGCACCCAGUGACGUCGAUAGCAGCGAAUCCGAGCCCGAGUCUAACGAUAAAUCCGACGAUAAGUCCGAAGAUGAACUAGCACAGGAAGAUAAAGAGGAGCAGCUUUUACUAGAAUACUACCUCUAG